AUGCAAACGAGGAAGAGAUCCCGUCGCGAUACGCCAAGUGCAGGCACGUGUACGCUCUCGAGCGUGUUGGCCGGGACCUGCGCUGGAUCUGCGAACAACGCCAGCUUAACCAUUGCGUUCGAAGGCGAAACGACUGUCAACGGCUCUGGACAGGCAGCGGCAGCACUGCAGGGCAUUUCGCGCUGGCUGACAAGGGCAAGGUUCACCGGGCACGUUCGGCGGCAGCCACUUGAAUGGGUGGUACAACAUGGGGACUGGGCAACCGUCACCUCGGUCGAUAUCCUUGGUCUGCAGUCACCCGGCUUCGACUUCAGCAUUCUCAACCCUUUGCUGGACAUCAAAGAGGUGCGCAUGCAGGACAGCGACCAACUGCGAGAAAUCACCACGCAAGGGUUUGCCCACGCAUCCCACCUCACCGCCCUGCGCCUGAGAAACAACACGCUCGCUUCCAUACCGUCCAAGGCGUUUUCAGGCAUGACAGCCGUAGUCGUGCUGGACCUGCUGCAUAACCGCUUGAGUGCCAUUGACCCCGCAUGGUUCACGUCGCUGGUCUCCCUUGAGCGGCUGGUGUUCGGGCACAACAUCAUCACAGCGGUCACCUCUGCGCACACGUUUCAACCCCUCAUUGCCCUGGAGCGGCUCGACCUGUCCUACAACGACAUCACCACCGUGUCUCACCACGCCCUAAUGCCACUCUCGAAGCUGCUGGUGUUGGACCUUUCCAAUAACCCGCUGCGCCAGCUGUCGCCAGCCUCGUUCGGCAGCAUGACACUGCUUGAGACGAUGGCCCUUCGCAGUGCACGCUUGCAGGCGCUUCCGCCACGCGUUUUUGCCGCAAACACCCGCCUCCGCGCGCUGGAACUCGAGGACAACCUCCUCAGCGCGCUGGACGAGGAUGUGUUCCGCGGUAUGACCACCCUGCGUCGGCUGCUGCUCGUCAAUAAUUUGCUCUCCUCCCUGCCCGAGCGCAUAUUUCGGGACAUGCACGAGCUGCGUUUCCUGAGCUUGUCCCUGAACAGGCUCACCUCGCUGCCACCAGCCCUGUUCAACGCCUGCACCAACCUGCGACUUCUCACCAUGCACGAGAACGAGCUGACCUCGUUGCCACCCAAUAUUUUCCAAGCUGCAACCAGCAUACAAUUUCUGUAUUUGACGAGCAACCGCUUGCGCAACCUUAGCCCCGUGCACUUUGCUGGCAUGUCCACCCUGCAAGUGCUGGAUCUCGAGAACAACCACUUGCAGUCCUUCCACGCCGAAAUCCCCUCCCUGACGACCCUGACCCUCAACCACAAUCCACUCACGUCAUUGCCGGCAACCCUUGCCGUCAGCAGCAAGCUGCGCGAGCUACGCCUCAGUCGCCACCGAAUCACGGCUUUUGAUCUCACAUUUGCGUUUCGCUCCACGCAGCUGCGCGACUUGCAGUUGGAUGCCGCCCCCGACGUGCAUUCCGUGGGCACCGUUGACGCGGCUCAUCCCCCACCACAGACACAGGCGGCCAAAGAUCUGCGCUCGCUCAGCCUUCUCAAUGUGGACGUGCGCGACGUCCUUCAGUACCUGCAAGAGCUGCCGCCCCUCCACCUCAACACAGUCCGGCUUGGGUGGCCCACUGCCGACGCCGGCUCACUUCCACUACAGCAGAUCUGCCAUCUAUUGGCCGAGGACGUGCAUGAGUUUGCGCUUGUCAACACCAGGCACGCGGAGAUCCACCUGUGCCCUGACAAGAGCUUCAGCACCGUGUUCGUGCAAGACAACGCCUUUCUCAACAAGAUCAGUGUUGCAAACGGCUUGCGCAACCUCAACGCCUCCGGGUGCCGGCAGCUCAGCGCCCUUGAUGUGCCGUUUGUAGACGUGCUUGAUGUGAGCGAGACCAGUGUCCACCCGAGUGCUGGGCUGUGUACGCGGUGGGGUCGCCGUACUCUGUUUGCUCGACAUGCUCGCAGGGACUCGCUCACACUGGAUGAGGUGUUACCGGCCUUGCAACGCUGUGUUCGAACUGUUAACGUGCUCGACUUGGCGCACUCUGCCUGGCUGGACCAUCCUGGCAAGCUGAACAACGCUCUCGGUGAGACGGUCGCGCUCUCAGACAAGCGGCUGGCAACGCUCGGCUUUGAUCCAAUCCAUUCUCGAGCAGCGCCACCUCUACUUCAAGUGCAGGGGACGCCAGUGGAGUGUAGCCUGCAGCUGCGGAGUGACACGUUUCGCUUGCAGGACAACCCCACCGACCUGUUGGCCGAGGUUGUGUACACCUUCCACUGCACGUGCGCACGCGGUUUCAAGCUGACGUCAGGCGGGCGGUGCGUGGUGGACAACCCAGACAUUGCCGGCAUUGCCGUUGGCUCUGUGAUUGGCGGGCUGUUCUUUGGCCUGUUUGUGGCGUGGCUGUCACGCCGCUACCGUGGCCUGACCAAGCGCAUUGACCUGCAGGAGCAGCUGCUGGUGGAGCGAGACGAGGAGGUGAUGGCGCUCAAGAAGGCUUGGGAAAUUGAGUACGAUGAGCUGAGGAUGAUCAAGCGUGUUGCUGCGGGUGCGUUUGGCGUGGUGUUUGAGGCAGAGUGGGACACGGUGAUGGUGGCAGUGAAAGUGCUGCAGCAAGCCGUCAUGGCGUUUGACGAGAGCACGGUGCUUGAGUUUGAGAAGGAGGUGGAGUUCCUGCAGCGGACACGGCACCCGAAUGUGGUGCGAUUCUUUGGCGCGGGCACAGACCCCAACGGCAGCCCGUUCCUGGUGCUGGAGUUUGUGGCAAUGGGAUCACUAAAGGAUCUGCUGGGGAAGGACAUGGACAAAGUGUUGAUGGAAGUGAGGAGCAGGAAGGUUGAGGAGAGCAACAGCAGCAGUGGUGGUGUCAGGGAUGAUGUGAACAGUGUGUGGGAGUUGAAGCUGCGCUUGCUGCGUGACAUUGCGAGUGGCAUGGCUUUUAUCCACAGUCUGGACCAGAUGCAUCGAGACCUGAAGAGCGGCAACGUGCUGGUGUCAUCGUCGCUUCGCGCCAAAAUCACGGAUUUCGGGUCCAUUCGCCAGUGCUUUACACGUGGUGGCGGUGGAGGUAGCGGCAGAGCCCACGGCAGCAGCCACACUCGCCUGUCGUCCAGCCAAGCUGACGAUGACCCGCAAUACAGCCAGCGCACUGGACUGCAGACAAUGACGAGCAUGACGCUGACGGCUGGCGUGGGCACGCCGCUGUACAUGGCGCCAGAGGCAUUGAUGGGUGACAAGUACAGCUUCGGCGCAGACGUGUUCAGCUUUGGCGUGUUGAUGUGGGAGGUGGCGACACAGCGCACCACCGGAUCUGAUUGCGCAGGAGAAGGGGGGCGACUUCAGGGGCCCCCUGCUGGCAGCCAUCGCGACGCUCCUGACUGA